CGUAGCAAAGCACUAUUUACACACUUUUAACGAAAAUGUCUGAAAUUCUGUCGUUAAAAGAAUCAGUUCUGUUUUAUUUAGAUAGAAGUGGCGGCCUUCAAAAACUGAUGGAAGACUGCAGACGGUUCAAUGACCCUCAACAGGUGGAGGCGGUAUACAGGUUUUGUAUCAGUGUGAAUCCCUCUGAUGUGACAGAGGUAGAUGCUGUAUUAGGCGACUACGUUUUGCGGAAUCCUCUAAAAGCUACAGCUCUGUUUCAGUCUGUUUGCUUCCUUGCCAUAAAGACACUUUCACUAGUUGAAAAAAUACACACAGAGAGCCAGGUGAAUGUAAUAUUGAAGUUGACACACCUGCCUCCAUUCCCUGAGUACAUGCUGGACCUCUGGAGUUUUCCUCGUGGGUAUGGUCCCAUGAGGCCUGUCUCCAUGGAGGGUCUGGUCAUUGCCAUGACAAGGGUCACCAAAUACACCCAGGGGGCCCGGUUCCUGUGCAUUAAUGAUGACUGUCCCUGCUCUACAGGGUUUCACCACAUUCGUGUCCAUGCACCCGGAGCCACAGAGUCAGCUACCGUGAGAAACGACUUCAGCUGCAUGGUCUGCAGCUCCCCACUAAAAGAGGAUGUGAAGUUUAGAGUGCUGGGAGACAAACAGCUUGUGGAGCUGAUCCAUGUCAAAGCACUGGACGCUCUUAGUACUCUUCAGCAAGGCUCCUUCAGGUUCCAGUCUGUCACCCUGUUUCUCAGAGAUGAGCUGUGUAACUCAAUGAAGAUCGGCCGACACUACAGAGUGUUAGGUAUUCCUGCGCAUGUGCACCAGUGGCCCAAUGUCACCUGGAGUGUAGAGACAAAUAACAUCCAACCAUGGGAGCCAAAGAGUCCCAAUAAAGUCAGUCCCCGCUUUCAGGAGCUCUUGAAGGCCACAGCAGGUUUCCCCUUGAGGUUCUCUGCAAUUGUGGCUCACUGCUUUGGGUUGCACGUGGCUCCUCCAGGCCUUCACAACACCUUGAAGCUGGGCUUGCUGCUCAGCUUGGUGCAGACAAGAGCAGGUCCAAAUGACACAUUUAACAACUUGGAUCUUCUAGUCGUCACCACAGACCCUCUCAUUCUAGACAGACUAAUGACAUAUAGCCUGGGCUUGGCACGUCCUGGGGUCAGGCAUCAAGCCUCAGGGGAGAUGUUUGCAUCUCUAUCCCGGGAUGAACAUGGGGCAGGCACUGCUAACAUUCACGCUGGCUCUGCCCUGCUUGCCACUGGUGGUGUGUGCAUGUUUGGAGAUUUGGGCGGUUACAGAAAGGACAGACUGGAUGCUAUUCAGUCAGUCCUGGAGAGCAGCACAGUGUCUGUUUUCAUCCCAGGGAAAAAGUAUGGAGAAGAUGCAGAUGAGCAGUUAACUUUCCCAGUGCAAUGCAGCUUCUGGGCCAUCACCGAUGUCUCUCGGCGGUCUGGAAAGUCAGACUCUGACAUACUGGGAACAGCACAGGAACUGGGCCCUGUGUCGCUGCAGCUGGCAGACACCUUUGGCCUUGUCAUUCAGUGUAGAGACAUAGGAGAGCAGGCCCUUCUUGCCCAGACUGUCCACACCCUCCAGCAGGCUGUACAACCCAGAAAACCCCUCUACACAUCCAGCUGGGAGUUUUCAACUCAAGACUACCAGGAGCUCAUAGCUUAUGCUCAGAGUCUUCAAGUGCAGCUCAGCCCUGGAGCAGAGAAAAUCAUUCACGGCUACUACAUGGCGAGCAGACGAGUCCGAACACAGAGUGAGGGUGUCAAGAUGUCUGUGGCCUCAAUCAAACUACUGAUCUCUCUGGCUGAAGCUCACUGCAAGUUAUGUCUCAGAACACAAGUGCUGGAAGAGGAUGCUAUGAUAGCCGUGCUCCUCUGUGAGAACUCAGUCACUCUGAAGCAUGGGGCCUCUGCUUUGGUUAUUCCACCAGAUGCAGCCUUUCCUUGUGAUUUGAGAGCAGAGGAUGGCUUGCACAAGAGGGACGUGACCCUGGAUGAGCUCCACCAGAACAUCCUACGCUUCAUCUACACCUACGCACCGGGAGCAGACACAUACAUUACAGAGGAGUAAGACCUCGCUAAAGGUGCAAAAGAACACAGUGUUCGAGUCAAAUGGGCAAUAUAGGUGGUGGCCAGUAUCAACACGUCUAGUUUGGACAGCUUGGUGUCUGGUGGCACGGACGGCAAAGUCCUCUGGAGCUCCAGGAACGCGGUCCU